AUGGAUCCUAAAUUUAGAUAAUAAACCUUUAUAUCUAAUGAAGUUGAUAUCGUAUUAGAUAAUGAGAUGAUUGGAUUCGAUUUUUAUUCUAUCUAUGAAGGUAAAUAUUUAAAUUAAAUGUAAUUAGAAUAGAAUAAAACAUACAUAGCAUUUGUGGCAUUUUAUACACUAUCAAAUGGUUCUAAUUCUGAAGUUAUACCAUUAAAUAUUACAAAAUGCUAAAAUCCAUAAUUAUAUGGUAUGAAUUGUUUUGACUUUAGCUAAAAGCCUGAUUUAAAGCUGACUUUAGGAGAUUCGCAUAAAUUUUUUUCAUUUAUAAAUUUGCUUGUUUAUAAAUGCUAAGAUAUUGAUUAAUAAAAGACUUUUAUUCCUAAUAAUUGUGCAGAUGAAUAGUCAGUAGAAUAACUUAUAAGUUUGUCAUCUUAUCGCUUAAAUGUUAAGGUUUAAGCUUCUUAGUUUAAUACAUCAUCACAAUAAAUGUAAAAUUAAUAUAAAAGCUAAUUUAUUCCUAAUUAGAUUAAUACAUUUUAAUAUAACGAAUUCAAAAUUUAAUCAUAAGUCACUAAAGUCAAAGCAGGUUUUUUAAUUUAAUCUGAAAAUUCUUAUUCCUCUCCAAUUUCCUAUCAAAUAUCAACCUAAACAUAUGACCGUAAGUAGAUUAUUUAAGAUCUAGGUUUAUAUGCUUUUAAUUAAGUAACAUUUGAUAUAGAUGAAAGUGUUACAUACUUCAAUAUUUAAUAUCCAAUAUUUACAGAAGUUUUAGCUCUUUGCAAUAGUAUUUUAGCAUUAUUGCUCCUCUUAGGAUCAUUCUGUAGAAAAAUUGCUCAGAAUUUUAUUCAAAGAGAUAUUUUUUUUAUUUAGUUAAAAAACUUCUUUUUUGGUACUUAUCUAAGCAUCUUAGAGUAAAACAAUAUUAUUGAUUUCUGUAUAUCUAGAUAGGAACAAUAAAUUUCUUAGAAUCAGCAAAUUGAACCAAAUUAAGCUGAAUCUGAUGAAGAAAAUAAACACAACACCCUUCCUACAUGUUUUACACCUAAAUCUAGUUAAAUAGUAUUUCAAUAACUAUUGACGACAAGUAAUGGGGAUAAAGAAUAUGAUUAUGUUAAAGAAGAAUAUGAAAAUAAAUAGUUAAAUGAAGUUCUACCAUUAAAAAAUUAGGAAAAUUCAGAAAAACUAGAAUUUAAUUUUAAAAAACUUGAAUAUUCUUAGAAUUGUCUAAACUUAGAAAAUAGUAAAAAAGAGUUUAUUCCAACUAUUUUUAAGAAUGAGUUAUCUUAUUAAAAAGAUUUCCAACAUUAAAUAAAAGGAUCAAGUAAUAAAAUUAUAAAAAAUGAGACUAAAAUUCCAAGAAGAUAUUGUAAGAUAAAGAAAGUGCAUUUACCUACCCAAAAUCAUGUUUAAUUUCAUUAAUUCAAAAAUUUUAAGCAAAUCAUAUAACAAACUGAAAAAAAUUUCUAAACUUAAAAUGAUAUCUCUUUACAGCAGAGAUUAGAAAAAAUUCUUUUCUAAACAAAAUUAUGCAAUAAAAAGGAGUUUCUAAAAUCAAAAGGACUGGAAUAAUAUACUUUAAAUCAAUUGGAGUAAUCAAUUGAUGAUAGCUUAGAUUUCUUUACAUUUUACAAAGAAAUUUUAUUUUUAAAGAAAGCUGUUAUGAUCUUAUUAAGCAAAGAAUAAAUAGCUGCUUUAUCAGUUAUAGGAAUAUCUCUAUAAUCUAUAAAAUUAAAUUAGGAGAACACACUGAUGACUAGCUAAACAGAGGAAACAUAUUCAAAUCAUUUCUAAGAGUAAUAUAAAGUACUGUAAUCAAAAGAAUUGCAAAUUUAAUAAAUUAAAUAAUUCUUGUAAAGAUGUGAAAAUAGUGAGAAUAUGAGUAUUUUAGAUAAAAGAAUAUUUUCUUCAUUAAUUAUUAAUUAAUAAAAUUAAUAUUGA